AUGUCCAAGCUCCUCCGCACACUCCGUCCCGCUCUCCCCUCUCUUCGCCCCGCCGUCCUGACCCGACCCAUCUCCUCCAGCCCCUUUCGCCUCGCAGGCGGCGUCGCUCCCGACCCGUGGCCUCUCCCCUUGUCCCCCGAUACGAUCUCUCGUGAAAAGUACGCGCCCGAGCGACUGUCGGACGACCCAGAGUCGUGGAACAUGCCUCAGCCGCUCGAUCGGACAGGGGAGGACGAGGCGACGAUGCGUGCGAGGCUAGUCUACCAGGCGAGGAAGCGGGGGUGUCUGGAGGGGGAUCUGUUGUUGGCGACUUAUGCGAAGGAGAAUCUGCCGGGGAUGGGCAUGGAGGAGAUGAAGGCGUUUGAUAAGAUGCUCGAUGAGCCAGAUUGGGACAUCUUUUACUGGUCGGUGGAGAAGAAGGAGCCACCACCACGAUGGAAGGGUUCUGCCCUGCUUGAAGCCCUCAAGCAGCACGCCAAAAACGAGGGCAAGGUCGUACGGAUGAUGCCCGGUCUGUCGGACCAACCUCCUGCUAGGGAGUAG